GAAGACUUGGGGGGUAAUACUAUGGCAUUCUAUUUGAAGACUUUCUACACUGUGUUGGUACUGACACUGACAGGAGGCCUUGAUCCUACCAGUGUCUCAGCAGCAUCUCCUAAUCCUAGCUCAGUGUCCGUGAGGCCCAGCCCACAGCUCUCUCUCCCCGUCCUCAACCAGUCCUUCAGCCUGGACUGUAACGGCUCCUUCCCAGGCCUGCCAGUGCUUUGGUACAAAGACGGCCAGGUUGUAGCUCCAGACGCCAGGAUAAACCUGUUGGAACACAACACCUCCCUCCACUUCAACUCCCUGCUGCCCUCUGAUGGUGGCUUCUAUCAGUGCGAGGUGACCAUGGCAAACAUGGCUGAAAGCAAGGUCAUAAGCCUGGGCUACCUGCUGAACUUUGAUCAUUGGAGUGUUAGUAUCAGUGGCCCUGACACAGUGUUUCCUGGGAGGGAAUACACCUUUACCUGCCAGGUGAACUGCACUGUCGACCUGGACUGCUCCAUCCGCUGGCCAUUGAGGGGGGGUAUCCUUACUAGCGCCUACUUCUCCGUGAGGAAGAAUAUCCUGAAAUGGAUCCCGUCGGUACCUGGUACGGUCCAGAUCUUCACCUGUGUGGUGGAGAACACAGCAGCUGGACGCUCCGCAGAGGCCUCCAAGACAGUGAAGGUCACAGGACCCACAGUAUCAGGAUCUGAAACAGUGAGGCUGAGUGGAGUUUUAGGACUUGUCCUCUGUGUGGGUCAGCUGUUCCUCCUGGAUCCCUAGUGGGGGCGCUAUAAGACUACAGACGAUGGGAAGGACAGAGGAGAACAUUGAAUGAGUUCAGCCUCUGUUGUGGGAUAAUGAUAGUUGAGUCAUUGGAAGUUUCCAGUGAAUUAUGUUUAUCAUUCACAUGCAGUGGGUAACGAUGAGAAAAUAACAAAACGUACAUAUUGAUGUUAUCUAUGUAAUAUUUUCUUAUUUGCAAUACGUACUGUAUUAUUAUUAUCUUUGUUGUAGUUGAGAUGACCUUGUAAAAUAAACUCCCAAAUGAGU